ACAGCUCUGAUUGAAAAUGAACUUGUACCCAACACAUCCCAACCAGAAUUAGAUUCAGACCCGAUUGACAAACACUCAUCCUCAGACGAAGAGUAUCAGUCAGAUGUAAGCGAUCUCGAAAGUGACGAAGGAAUUAACGGCGAUAGAGGCGAGUUAAUAACGCUGUCUAGCAAUAAGCCCUAA